UGAAGUGAGUUUGGAGAAAAUAGAAGAGCUUCUCCACCAAAGGAGUAUUGUUGGUUGGCAAGAAAACAUAAUCCAAAACUCUCUUGCCCCCGCUGUUUGUUGGAUUAAGCUCAAGGAUGAAGACGGGAGUGUCAUCAUUUGUGACACAGGACGAGUUUAACUUGUUCCAUUCGAUAGAUCGAUCGCUUUAUACCGUCCUUGUGAUCAACCUCUUUCGAGACCCCACCGAGUCCAUGAGAGUUAUUGCCAUGUUCCUCUGGUUGGAGCAUAAGGGCUUUAGGUACUGCGUGAAGAAAAUAUUGUCUUUCCCUCAUGUCUUGAUAAACGAGAUCGCCGAAGAAGCCGUAACUUGCCUUAACAUCAUCGACAACAAGAAUCAAUCAUGUAUUGCAUCCUCAUCCUCUGGAAUUAGCGACAUCCCCGUGAUGCAAAGUAUCCUAAGUCAAGAACUUUCACCCCGUUUCUUUCAUGAGAAUCGGGUUAGCGCCUCUGAGGGGAUAGCCAGGAUCAACAAUAGCGUUUGUAUGCGAGCACUGAGUGAUAUCAUGGAGAAAGCCGUUGCAAGCAAAGCCUCGAGGGACUCCUCGAUCGACGACAGAACAUUAUUCAUUACGUUUUCUAAGGGCUAUCCAGUACAGGAAUGGGAAAUUAGAGACUUCUUUACUAAAACUAACGGGAACUGUGUGGAGUCGGUGUACAUGCAAGAAGUGAAACCAAAUGAGCAGUCUUUGUUUGCUCGAAUUGUGUUCCGCACAGCUUCUUCUGUUGGUCACAUAUUGAACGGGACGAGUAGAGCGAAAUUUACCAUUAACGGGAAACAUGCCUGGGCUAGGAAGUAUGUACCAAAGCGGUCGAAAGUGCAACAUUCAACUACUAAUAAUUUGCCAUCACAAUUUCCUUACAUUGUAUGAUAUGAGAGUGUUCUAUUAAUCUUGAGAUGCUGAAAAUGAGCUAUCUUUGAUCAAUAAAUAAAGUU